GGAAAAAUUGCGACUUUGUUUAAUUCGUUAUAAUAUGUAAACCUUUUAUUUUGUCGACUCGGUUCUGAAAAACUACGGGAAAAUGUUUGUGGCGUACAGAUUGCGGUUUAAACCGAAUUGUGGAAGUGCUGGUGACUGGUGUGUCUCGGACUUCAAAAACGACGAUGAAACUUGUCGUCUUCUGUGGGAAAAUUGUCUCCGACUGACUACAAUCCACCGCCCAUCGUUUAUCUAUGUUCAAGUUCCCACUGUACGUAACUGCCCGAUCAGAACUACAAGGUACACCUCUCACAUCAUCUCGAAGCAUCGAAACCAAAUAACCAGCUUGGAUGCAUCCGGUGAUCCCGUCACGCUCCUCAAAUGGCCAACAGUACGUGCAGCGAGCCAGUAGACAAUAGACGAUGUUACGGAUCCCAAAAACAUUCAAUAUUUUUUCUGUUGACCACCUUGCGCUCGGGAAGGUACCGAUUAUAGAAUUUGAAAAGAAUAGCGCUAUUAAUUUGUUUUUUUUUUCUUCUUAUUUCAGUUUAUUUAGUCAAAUUACAGCACUUUUAAGAAACCUUCUUCAGGUGCAGAGCACCAACUGCAAUGGUAAGCGGAGAUUGCCGAUUGCAUUAACCGCUAUCAAGGAUGUUGGUCGUCGUUAUGCUCACGUUGUCCUGAAGAAGGCCGAUGUCAAUUCGUUCAAGCGAGCCGGAUAGUGCUCCGAGGAGGAGGUCAAAAGAUCAUCACCAUCAUGUCCAACCAUCGUCGGUAAAAGAUCCCCGAUUGGUUCCGUGAUCUCCGUCACUACGUACACAGGCUACCGGCCUUCGCGGUUGUACCGUCUGUGUUUCCCAAGAAGAUGUAAACAAAGGCAACAUCCGAGGACCGGAAGCGAUCGGGGAGGACUGCACACAUAAAUUUACUACGUACCGAGGAACCAUCUAACCGAGCACAGAUAAGUUCAAAAACAUUUUUAUAACAUGAAAAUAUGUUUUAACAAUUUAGAAAUUCCAAGGGCAGAUAUUGUUGCUGUAUUAAAACAAACGAUAUUUAAACGCCUUUGGAUAGGCAAUGUUUGUUGGACCAUCACGGUUUUAACUGCGUUUAGUUUAACCACAAUACAAUUUUGGAAAAUUUGGUUUGGUGUUCCAUUGCAACCGAAGCAAAGAGAAGCGGGUUUACCCUUGAAUAUCUGUCCUAACUCCCAACACAUAUGGUUACUUGGCAUCUAACUGUUUUUAAAUGAUAAGUAUUGUUUGUAUAUGUGUGUAGUAUUAUUAAGUAAUCAAAAG